CAAGAAAAUGAGGACACGAGGACGAGGAGGACACGAGGACGAGGAGGAUGCAAGAAAAUGAGGACAGGGGAAGAAGAGGAGGACAUGAGGACGAGGAGGACACAAGGGGACGAGGAGGCUGCAGAAGGUGGAGGCUGCAGGAGUUGCAGAGGACGCUGCAGGAACAAAGAGCGCGGUGCAAGGGAUGCAAAGGGUCUGCGAGGAGCACGAAGCAAAGGAUCUGCAAAGAGGAUGGUGCAAAGAGCAAGGUGCAAAGGAUUUGCAAAGACCAUGAUGCAAAGAGCACGAAGCAAAGGAUUUGGAAAGAGCACGACGCAAAGACCUUCCUGCAAAGAGAUGCAAGGGAUUUGCGAAGAGGGUGGUGGAAAGACCAAGAUGCAACGACCAAGAUGCAAAGGAUUUGCAAAGACCAAGAUGCAAAGAGCAGGAUGCAAGGAGCAGGAUGCAAGGAGAUGGAAAGGAGUUGCAAAGACCAAGGUGCAAAGACCAAGGCGCAAGAAUUUCCAAAGACCAUGAUGCAAAGAGAAGGAUGCAAAGGAUUUGCAAAGACCGUGAUGCAAAGACCAAGAUGCAAAGAGGAUGAAGGAAAGAUUUGCAAAGACCAGGAUGCAAAGACCAGGAUGCAAAGACAUGGAAAGGAUUUACAAAGACCAAGAUGCAAAGACCAUGACGCAAAGACCACGAUGCAAAGAUUUUCAAAGACCGAGGUGCAAAGACGAAGAUACAAAGAGGACGAAGGAAAGAUUUGCAAAGAACACGAUGCAAAGAGCAAGAUGCAAAGAUUUACAAAGACCAUGAUCCAAAGAGGAUUAAGCAAAGGAUUUGCAAAGAUGAUGCAAAGACCAAGAUGCAAAGAGGACAAAGGAAUGAUUUACAAAGACCAAGGUGCAAAGACCAUGAUGCAAGGAUUUGCAAAGACUAAGAUGCAAAGAACAGGAUGCGAAGACCAAGAUGCAAAGAGAUGGAAAGGAUUUUCAAAGACCAUGAUGCAAAGACCAAGAUACAAAGAGGAUGAAGGAAAAAUUUGCAAAGCCCAUGACUCAAAGAUUUCCAAAGACCAUGAUCCAAAGAGGACAAAGCAAAGGAUUUGCAAAAAACACGAUGCAAAGACCAAGAUGCAAGGAGGACAAAGGAAAGAUUUGCAAAGACCAAGGUGCAAUGAUUUGCAAAGACCACGAUGCAAAGAGCAAGAUGCAAAGAUUUACAAAGACCGUGAUCCAAAGAGGAUUACGCAAAGGAUUUGCAAAGACCACGAUGCAAAGAGCACGAAGCAAAGGAUUAGCAGGGACCGCGAUGCACAGAGCCGCCGCCUGCACCGCCGCGCGCCCCCCGCCCCGCCCAGCCCGGACAAAAGUGAGCUUUUGGUCUGCUUUCCAACAAAAAUCCAUUGUUUUGCUUUAUUUCCGUCGGUUCGCCCUCGGGGAGGGGGGUUCACAGGUUUUGCACCGCGGAUACAAGUCUCGAGGGGGGAGGUUGACAAGUCUGGGGUUGCAGAAACAGAGUUUUGGGGGAUUUGGGGUACAUUUUGCAUCGAAGAAACACGGUUUUUUGCACUGCAGAAACAUUUCUGGGGAAUUUUUAACCAUUUUGCAUUGCAGAAACAUUUUUUUUUGGCAUUGCAGAAACAUUUUGAGGGGCUUUUUGGCACAUUUUGCCCUGCAGAAACAUGUUUUGGUGGAAUUUGGACACUUUUCCCACUGCAAAAACCAGCUUUUGGGGAGACUUUAACACGUUUCACACUGCAAAAUGAAAUCUGGGGGGGAUCUCAACACAUCCCACGUUGA